AUGGAAGAAGGAAAGUGGUCGUAUAUAAUGGUGAGCGUUGUUUUUUACUUGUGUUAUUUUUUUUAUUUUUUAACUUAUAGUUAUGAAAUAAUAUUUUUGUUUCAAACAAAAAUUGAUUAUAUUGUAUUUUGUUUAUUGCUCAUCACUUCAUUAUUUUCUAUUUAUUUUUGUUCUAAAGGAUUAAAGUAUAUAUGUACUUUUCUUAUAGCAAUUAUAUCUUUUAUUGAAAUAUAUGAGUAUACAAAUAAUAGUCCAAAGGAUUUAUAUGAUGAAGAGUUCCUCAAAUUAUUUUUAUUGGUAAGAUUAUUCUCAGCUAUUAAUUUAGUUGUAUUCUUACAUCUACACAUAAAAAAUUUAAAAAUUAUAAAAAAUGAUAAAUUAAAUAAUGAUAAAUUAAAUGAUAAAGCAUCAACUGUUCAAUCUGUAGCUGUAUCAAAAAAUAUACAUCCCGAAAAAAAUAACAAUUAUUAUCAUAAUAAUAAUAAUAGUAAUAAUAAUAAUAAUAAUAAUAAUAAUAGUAAUAGUAAUAGUAAUAAUAACCCUUGCAAUAACUAUUAUAACAACCAAGAUAAUUACUUAAAAUCCAAUACAGUCACAUCUACACAUAAUAAUUUAUUCAAACAAGAUAUACCUCAGAUUCAUCAACAGACAGGAGUUAUAACAUCUAAAACAUUACCAUCAGAAAACAUAUAUGUUUUAAAACAUGUGUCUAUACCAAUCAUUGAAAAAGAAAUAAUAAAUAAACAAACGAACCUUCAAAAUGUAUAUGAAAUGCAAACAAAUGAUUCUUUUAAUCACUAUAAAAUUAAUCAUUCAUCUUCUAAAAAUAAUAUUAAUGAAAAUAAAAUAACAGAUCCUAUACAAACACAUAAUACUAAUCAGAAUAAUAAUACAUAUAUGAAUCAUAUUAUUCAAAAUAAUCAAGUCCCGCAUUACACAUAUGAACAUCCAACUGUUCUUCAUUAUUAUCCACGAAAUUUUCAAACAAAUAACAUGGGAAGUAAUAUCCAAUAA